GUCCUUGGCAAAAUGGAAAAUGUUCCACAACAUGCGGACCUGGGAAGAAAUAUAAAAGGAGAGUGCGAAGAAAACUCUCGGUUCCGAACGGACCACCGACAUGCCCCGGUGACUCUAGUGAAACUGGAUACGAAAAUUGCGACCAACCUCCUUGUUAUGGUUGCAGAUGGAAACACUGGGGUCAGUGGCAAUACGGACAAUGCUCCAAAUCAUGUGGCACGGGAAAUAAACUCAAGCGACGAACACGUACUAAAGAAAUCAUCCCCGACACUCGUGCAAGAUGUGAAGGAAGUCAUUUUGAAACUGGAAGCGUACAGUGUAACACACAGUGUUGCAAAAGCUGUUACUGGAGUGCUUGGAAAGAGUGGGUCGAUGGGGAAUGUUCAGUUACCUGUGGAUUGGGUACAAAGAUCAAGACAAGAAUUAGAACAGAACAAUGGUUCAAUAAACCAGGCCCAUGUGUAUGUCAAGGGGACUCGGUUGAAACCGGUUAUGGAAUAUGCUAUCUUAAGGAAUGCAAACCGUGUGGUGUUUGGGAACCAUGGCAACCCUGGGUGUGCGGAAGCUGCUCAAUAUACCGCAAGAAACGAGGUGACCCCGAUGGCGAUGAUGACCGACUUGCGCACAUGCCAUGCGGUACUCAGACUUGCACUAGAACAAGGGUUUGUCCACCGUGUCCAUAUUCGAAACGAAACGCUGAUGACGCUGGCGCUGCAGUUGAAGUUUCUCGUAGGAGUGGAGGAGGGGGUGGACCAUCGUGCCCCGGUUCUUCAAUAGAGUAUAAAACACAACAGUGUUGUACAACUUGUACAUGGGGACAGUGGUCCAAGUGGACAUCUUGGAGUUGCAAAAGUUGCCCCCCUGGGAUCCCUCGAUGCGGUUCAACGACACUUGCAUAUUGUUCAAGAGCCAGGGUCAGACAAAGAGAUCCAAAUCGAUGUCCAAGACCAUUUGUCGAAACAGAAACCCAAAAGAAAGUUAAUACGCAAUGUCCUGCGCCAAAAUGUUGUAGAUGGAGUAAAUGGAGCGACUGGUCAAUUGGAGCGUGUAGUGUCACAUGUGGAACGGGAAUCCGACCGAAACUUAGAACUAGAACUAAAAUAUACGGAACAACUGGAGGAUCCACGACGUGUGACGGAAAGAAUUACGAGCACACAGACGAACUCUGCUAUGCAAAAACUUGCGCUACGACUCCAAAACCCACAUGCAAUACAUACGAGCCUUGGACACCAUGGGUUUGUCAUUGUACACCGAUACGGACAUAUAGAAGGAAAAGAUCCGGCUGCAAUUCAGGUUACAACGUAUGCCAACGCAGUAGACAGUGCCCUUGCAUAAAAGAUGGGCGAUAUUCAGAAGGGAAUUGCAUCGGAGAACACGUGCAAUACAAACAGCAUCUCAUAUGUUGUCCCUUUAUGAG